AUUUCAUAGCCCAAAACCCUAGCUUUAUUAUCUCUACUCUUCAUCUCCGUCAGUCUCAUUCUUCGGUACUUGGCAGCUCAGAUAAUUGGCAAGGAAGACAGGAAUCUUCUGCCAUGAGUAAGUUACAAAGUGAUGCCUUGAGGGAAGCAAUCACCCAAAUAAAGGGGGAUUCCGCUGAGAAGAAUCGCAAAUUCACAGAGACAAUUGAGCUCCAAAUUGGGUUAAAGAACUAUGAUCCUCAAAAGGACAAGCGUUUCAGUGGUUCUGUUAAGCUGCCUCACAUUCCCCGCCCUAAGAUGAAAGUGUGCAUGCUUGGUGAUGCUCAGCAUGUGGAAGAGGCUGAGAAAAUCGGCAUGGAAUAUAUGGAUGUUGAAGGGUUGAAGAAACUCAACAAAAACAAGAAACUUGUGAAGAAGCUAGCUAAGAAGUAUCAUGCCUUCUUAGCAUCUGAAGCUGUUAUUAAACAGAUCCCUCGUCUUUUGGGUCCUGGUCUUAACAAGGCAGGUAAGUUUCCGACAUUGGUUACACAUCAGGAGUCCUUAGAGACAAAGGUGAACGAAACAAAAGCUACAGUAAAAUUUCAGCUCAAGAAGGUGCUCUGUAUGGGCGUUGCUGUUGGUAACGUCUCCAUGGAGGAGAAGCAGAUCUUUCAAAACGUCCAAAUGAGCGUCAAUUUUCUCGUUUCACUCCUCAAAAAGAACUGGCAAAACGUGAGGUGCUUGUACUUGAAGACAACCAUGGGGAAGCCGGUUCGCGUCUUUUAAGUCCCUCUUGUUCUGUAGGGUGGUGAUCCAAGAAUGGGAGUCUUACCUUGUUCCAACAGCAAUAUUUUUGUUUUAUCAAUAUCAUGGAUUUUACUGCUUUGGUUUUUACUGACAUUUUACUUGGAGAUAAGACAUGAAUUAUAUACUGGUUUUUAUUGGAUAUUACUCUUUGCUGUUUCA